UCAAUCUCGCCCCCGGAAUAAAAAUAAGAGACUUCAAGACGCCGUCUCGGUCUGCUAACCGAUCUUCAAGGCGCGUUCAGAGAUUGGACAGUUUGAAUAAGCUAUUCUCCUAAGACAAGGGGGAUGCCCGCCAAUCUAACCGGUACCAAGCGGUCCAAGCGCGCCUGCAAUUCUUGCAGGGAACGCAAACGCAAAUGCGAUGGCGAAGUUCCCUGUAUGUAUUGUAUUAAGAAUGGGCAUGAGUGCACUUAUGAGCAACGACGAAGGAGAAGGAUAGGAAGAGGCCAUGUCCGACGACCGGCUUUAGAGAUGAAUACGACCGGCACCCGUGUCGAAGAGAACAUUGAAUCAACAACAGCUUCGGAGCUACAGUUGAUCGAGGACAAUUCGCCUGCCGUGUUCUUGAAGAAUUUAGGGCUAAAAAUUGACCCAGCUGCGUCUCCCGUGUUCAAUUACUAUGCGUGGAAUCUGGGGUUUCCCCGGGAGAACACGUACCUGACGCGAAGCCUGCAACUCACAGAGAUCCUGAGUCGGGACCAGAUGUAUGAAUUAACAGCGAUCUACUUUGCAGAGGUCGCCCCAGUCUAUGACUUUCUAGAUCGCGAGUACGUGCGGAGUGCUGUUAGCAAGAGGUGGUCAGUUCCAAACUCAUACGGACCUGUCGAUGGUCUGAUAUGUGGCAUCGCAGCCCUCGGUUGUCUUUUUGGCAAAAGAGCUGGCGAUCAACAAGAACAAUUACUCCAAAUUGCGCGUAUUAUCCUCGAGCGAUCUCUUCAGACAGUCACUCCACAUAUUGACCAUGUGCUCGGCUGGCUGUUGCGCGCAAUUUACCUUCGAAUGGCGGGUUCCCAACAGGCGACUUGGAUGGCGACCUGUAACCUGAUGCAUAUGAUAGAAGCGACCAAACUACAUUUUGAAUCCUCAAUUGAUUCGAAUCCCACCCAAUUAAGUGAUUAUCUUCAGCCUGAACAACGGCGGAGAAUUUAUUCGGUCGCACAGUUGUUCAACACAUGGGUUUCGCUCGAUUGCAGUAGAUCACAAGUGGAAUUAAGAGGCGCAUCGACUCUCAUGCCUGAGACCAGCUGGACAAAAGAACAGCAGGAGCUCUGUCGUUUGACUGAACUCCUCAAGCCAAACGUCCCACGAACUUUUGAUGAACUGGAGAUGGAACUUUCUCAUCUCUGUUACCUGAACCCGGCGCACCCCAUGCAAAGGUUGAUCCAAUGCAAUAUCGCACUAUGUAUAUAUCGUCGUGUGCGUGCUCUCGGCCGUAGUUUGUCGGAUCGUUCUCUUAGUCUUAUUCUCGAGCUCUCGACUAAGGGGCUAGAUUCAGUCCGCGAACUGAUUGAAAUCAUGUCCCCGUGGUGCCAUAUUGUCAAUAUCCCAUUUCAGAUGGUUUGCAUUUUCCUAGCCAUCGAUAAUCGACAAUCACUCCUGCACCUUACAGACGCGUUGGAAACACUCAAGACAGUGGCCGAAAAGUACGCAACUGGAGCUGUGAAGGAAUCUUACGGAAUAGCGAGUAUGCUCGUCAAUCUGCAGCGGCAGAGGAAGACAAGAGAACUAAGUCUCCUUGACAACGUACUGGAAGGACAUGGAAUAAACCCCGCGAUAGUCCAAGAUGCGUCAAUGGAAAGCCACUACUCCCUUGAUGAAAACAAUUUCACUCUGCCAGGAAAUAUCGCCGGGGAUUUUGGCAUUACAAAUGACUCCUUGCUGGACUAUUUCGUUCUGAGUGAUCCUUUCCAUUUGCCUCAGGCAUAGUUGGGGAUAAGGCGCAAUAAUAUCAACCGGUAUUCAACAGACUUAGUGACUACGCAAACCUUGAGGAGAUCAUCCUAAGCUCGGGAUUCAAACGAGGCGCAAUCGGAGUUACGUCUUCUCAGCACUGUCACAGACUGACUCGUGCGUACAUUGUACAAGUCAUCUCUUAGAAGAGAUAGUCUUCUGAGGACAUAGUUGACUGAGACACUUUGACCCAGAAAAAGGACUCCACAGCACGCAGAAAGUAUUCUUGGGCAACAAAAAGCCGGAUAUCAUGGAGGGAGACCUUAUCUGACACGGUCCCCGAACUCGAGGGCUUAGUCUCUCUAACAGGAACAAGUCCCGUUUCAUUCCGUACGUCUGGCUGACUUGCCCAGGUGGUGUCUA